AUGUCGCUUGGACCUUUGUGGCGAUGUUUCAAGACCAAUCAGAGUCCUUUUAAGACUGGUGGGUCCGUCCGUACCGCGACAAAGCGUGCAGGAGGUACCGUCUCGAACCAUGGCGGCUCUCCAGGAAAGCGGUUAGGCGUCAAGAAAUUCUCAGAUGAGUAUGUUGUGCCCGGCAAUAUCCUGGUGCGCCAGCGGGGCACGCAGUUUCACCCUGGCCAGCACGUGGGAAUGGGACGUGACCACACGCUCUUCGCGCUAGUUCCGGGGUACGUUCGCUUCUACAAGGUGCCUCGCCUGCGCGGCGACCGUAAGUAUAUUGGCAUCGCGCUGAAGAAGGGCGAAAAGCUCCCGCGGGACGAGACCUCCGAGGGUCGUAGUCGCUACUUCGGCUUUGUAAACCUGCAAGCGUCCUCCGACCAAGAACAGACAGCUUGA